GGAAAUACGUUUAGCGUGUAAACACAAAGCAGACCCCGUCUCUGAAAAAAAAAAAUGGAGGAGUUAUAAGGAUUUUAUUUCUUUCUGUUAAUUUCAAAUUAAACUCCGUGAAGCCGAAAGGUAAAAACUGUAGACUCGGGCACGGAUACCGAGUUCUUUACCUAAUUAAUAAUAAUUUAACAAAAAAAUAUUAGUGGACUAUGAAGUUGUGAUUGCACACCCACGCCGUGUUAUAUUACAAGUUUACAUGCGAGGAAGGGACACGCACACACACAAAAAAAACGACAUAAAACGAAUUCAAACCACCAAAUUAAAAUAAUAUUCUGUGUGUUACAAAAAACGGAAAUGGAUUUCAGCGUGUCCGUGUCGUGCUUUCACGACGAGCUCGCCUCUACUGUCGAGCGCGCACUCAAGGCGGCCGUGGACACCGUCUUGUGCGAAAUCACAAAAACCGUGGGGGGCAGGUUUGCCGAAAAAGAGAAAGAGAACGAAAAGCUGAAGCUGAGGCUGGAAAUGUCGGAGCGGGAGCUGAGAGCCGUGAGGGAGUGCAUGAAGACCUUGCAAGACGUGAUCGCGCAGUCCAGCGCCGGGGCGAGCAACGACAGACCUCCGCAGGACUGCCAGCUUCACACCCCCAACGACAGCCUCGCUUUCCGGUUACCGGGCACCGAAAAAGGGUUUGUAACCGAGGAGGACCGGGCGAGCGCUCAGCUCACCCCAAAAUCCAGGCAUCGGGAUUGUAAUCCGAGCACGGCUCGGUCCGGACCGGCGAACCGGGACGAUGUUAACCCGAGAUUCUUACCGGUGGAGGCGUUUGAGCACAUCGAGGAUGCCUGGGCACCGGAAUGGGGAGAGGGAGUUAACGACUCCCAGGAGAGCGGCACUGGCUGUGAGUCCGCUCCUCCGCAGCUCUCGGAUCCCGGGAGACUUCACGCCAUGAAAGAGGAGGACCUGGAGGACGCGGCCGCCAGCAUCUCUGAAAUCGGGCUGGUGCAGAUCGUGGAUGGAGAAGAGGAGGCUCGGCAGCUGGAGUGGGUCGCUGAGGAGGAGGGUUACCCGGGAGACCGCCGCUUCCAGGACGGUCCCUCUCUCCGGGACGGGGGUGGGCCGGGAGGGGCUGGGGGGCAUCGCUGCGUCGACUGCGGGAAGCACUUGAGCUCGGCCCGCACUCUCCGGAGCCACCGGCAGAUCCACACGGGCGAGAAGCCUCACGCCUGUCCGACGUGCGGGAAAACCUUCCGUCGCUCCGACAAGCUCCGGCAGCACCAGCGGGUCCACUCCGGAGAGAAGCCGUACCGCUGCCCGACCUGCGGGCGCCGCUUCUCCCAGUCCAACGGCUUGAAGAUACACCAGAGCACGCACCCGGGGCCCUACCCCUGCCCAGCCUGCGGGGAGCACUUCGACCGCUGGGAGGACUUUAAAACCCACAGCCAUGGCGGGGGCAGAGGCAGCGGGAUCGGAGCACAGCGGCACGCCUGCGGGGACUGUGGGAAGAGCUUCCGGCAAGCCCGCGACCUGCAGGCCCAUCGGACCCUCCACACCGGAGCCAGCCCCCACCGCUGCCCUGAGUGCGGGAAGUGCUUCGGACAGGCCAGGACUCUGGCGGUCCACCAGCGCAUUCACACGGGGGAGAAGCCCUACCGCUGCACGCUCUGCGGGAAGAGCUUCAGGCAUCUGAGCGGACACCUGCAGCACCUGAGGACCCACAGGACCCCCGAAGCUGUGUAGGCAUCUGAGCAGACACCUGCUCACCUCAGGACCCACAAGAUCCCUGAAGCUGUUUAGGCAUCUGAUGACCCACAAGACCCCUGAAUCUGUUUAGGCAUCUGAGCGGACACCUGCAGCAGCUGAGGACCCACAAGACUGCCGAAGCUGUUUAGGCAUCUAAGCGGACACCUGCAG